UUUAACUGACGUAAAGUGUACGUACGCAGAAAUCGGUAAUCAGAAAAGGAGCCCAUUUCUCGUAGAUACCGCAAUCAGCCUUCGCAUUAUAGCAUCUUGGAUUGUGAACGCCCUUGAUAUUCUGAACGAGUUCUAUUAGAACAAUAAUUUCCCUUGUUUUAAGCGUCGCAAAAAAAUCACCUAUUGCACUCUUGUUGUGUUCCUACAAUCAACAAUGUCGGCCCACGAUCAAAUGCGAGCGAUGCUCGACCAGUUAAUGGGAACAGGACGAAAUGGGGAAAACAACAAAUAUCAAGUGAAAUUUAACGAUCCGAAAGUGUGCAAAUCCUUCCUGCUGAGCUGUUGUCCACAUGAAAUUCUCUCAUCAACGCGCAUGGACUUGGGGGAAUGCCCUAAGAUUCAUGAUUUAGCUUUGCGUGCGGACUUUGAGAAUGCUCAAAAAACUAAGGACUACUUCUAUGAUCUUGAUGCUAUGGAACAUCUGCAAGCAUUCAUUAGCGACUGUGAUCGCAGGACGGAGUCUGCCAAACAGAGACUGGCCGAAACUCAGGAAGAGCUCAGUGCAGAGGUGGCCGUUAAAGCCAACAGUGUACAUGAACUUGCUGAACAAAUUGGACAAAAGCUGGCCAAAGCUGAACAGUUAGGACAGGAAGGUUUUGUGGAAGAGAGUAUGAAACUCAUGGAAGAGGUAGAAGAACUUCGUAAGAAAAAACUGGACGCUGAGCAGGAAUACAGGAACUCUAUGCCUGCCAGCAGCUAUCAACAGCAGAAACUGAGGGUAUGCGAGGUGUGUUCUGCGUAUCUUGGCAUUCAUGAUAAUGACAGGCGUUUAGCUGACCAUUUCGGUGGAAAACUUCAUCUGGGUUUCAUCAAAAUUAGAGAGAAGUUGGCUGAACUGGAGAAAACGUCUGAAAAGAGGAGAGAAGAAAAGCGUAAAGCUGGUCGUGGCGAAAGAGAUAGGGAGGACAGGGAAGAAAGAGGAUACCGAGAUAGACAUCGAGAACAUUAUGUAGGCGGCAGGGAACUUGACAGAAGGUCCAAGAGACACAGAUCUCGAUCUAAGGAACGCAAGGAUAGAGAAAGAAAUAAGGAGAAAGAAGAACGAAGUAAAGAAAGCGGAAGCAGAUCCUAUCGUUCUAGGUCGAGAAGCCGUGAUCGUGACCGUAGAUCUCGUUCCCGUCACUCAAAGCAUUGAUUAGUUGUUACAGAAACUCUAAUCUAAGUUUUGAAUAUUAGUUAUUAAACCAUGAACCUAUUUACCCUGUUUCUGUAAACGAGCUAAGUUAUUCCUAAAUUGUGGAUAUCUGUACAAAUUAUAAUUCUUUAAAUUUCAUAAAUUUACAAUUUAUGUUAGAGGUGAUAUAAAGUUAAAGCACUGUAGACAUAGGUAUGGAAUAAAGGAAUGGAAAAAUUA